UUCAACACUUUUUCAGAAUUAGAUUCAUACUAAUUCUUUCUGUUUGAAAAGGGAUGAUUACUAAUUAUUAUUCCACAUUAAAAUUUUGAAUUGUUUCGUACAUCCUUGUACCACUGCUCCUGGAUUAACCAUGACUAAAUUGAUAUUGGAAAAUGAUCGGAUGACAAAGGAAACGUCUUAAGUCAGUGAGAUUUCAAGGUUUAAAAUCUCCUUAAGUGCUUUGCCCACACUGCCCACUGUGUAAUUUGCCAACACUGUGACUAGCAUUUACCAGUACUGAUACAACUGACAAAUUUUGACAACUGACGCAACAGAAGUUAUUAUUUCAGCUGGGUAAAAGAAAAUAUUUUAAAAUGGAUCUCAAGCGGUUCAAUUUUCCCAUAACCAAAGCAAAUGAUCUAAAUGAAGAUAACAUAGACGGCUAGGCUAGUCGCUCACAGGAGUUAUAUAUAUCCAGAAGAAGAAUUCAGCAGCUUGAACACCUGAGCUGUUUUCUAUUGUGGAGAGAUAAACCAAGUUGCGGAUGUAUAUGGAUCUGUGUCAGAUGCGUCAUGAAUCUGAAUAGGCUACCAACAAGUUGCCGGCUUCUCUACUACUUGUGCAGUUCAAUGGAAGCACACUGAUUGUCAGCGGCUUGAUGGAACCGUGCCUAUAAUUCACCAAUAAGCAAGUGGAUGUCUUUCAUGCCGCUGCCAAAUAGGCAUGUAUGAGCCUUGGAGUUGGAUACGUCGUAUAUGAUGCGGCAUGCAGCGAACAUAACCGGCGGCUUUUACUUUGGCACCAGCGAGUUUAAGGCCCUGGGUAUGAACCUGCCUUGCCUGUUCCUAAUGCCGCCGCAGAGACGCCAUCACUUCAAUUACCCCAAGCAACCGCCGACGGAUCUGCGCGCUGUUUGCUAUUGCCGCAACAAGCUCAUCGAAAUUGGAUUUGCCUACAGAAAUUGCCUGUCGAUCUCUUGCAAGAACUCGCCUAUUUGCGGUAAUUGAGAGUGAGUUCUAUGAGUAUUUGUAUUUUAUACUAUUUCUACCCCCGCGAAGUGUAUUAUAUUGAAAUGUGCAAUAUCGGUUAUCCGCUAUAAUAUUGCUUAUAAGAACCUUCAAAUGCUUGAACCAAAUCCUAGGCUUUCGAACAGAACCUUGAGGCAGGGAUCUGGUUACAACCGUAUACCGAACCAACGAAAAUUUUUUUAGGUUCGCAGCCACUUCCUUUAGUAACUAUAUAAAAAAUAUCGAUGUUUUUCAGAUCAGAACAUGGUAGUGAACUUUAUUCAAAUAUAAUGUCAUGUGUGUGCAAGGGUAUUUCUACGGAAUCCGAAAUAAACUAUUCUUUCUUAUCUAUAGUGUGAAACUCAUUUUUAAAGAACUAUCUUUAAGCCGCCAGAAAAUUGAAUCUUUAU